AUGGCCUGUCUGCGCCGCAGCCUGAUUAUGUCCAGGGUCUUACACAAGCUGAGCGGAGGUAUUCUCUACAAGAACGAGUAUAACCCUAUAGCCCUACCACAUCUAGCUGGCGAGUGGAAAGGCCCUCUCAGAUCAAAAGGAGCCACGCUGCAGAGCGCCUAUGAUGGAGCCUCUCUUGUCUAUGCGAGGAACCAGGCCCUCUUAUAUCUCGGAACGCCUGAUCCCUCUGGGCACGCUCAAGUUACAACAUUUACUACGGACAGCACAGUCCUCAACCAGUUUGCACACUACGCUAGGCCAUCCUCCAUAGAUAGCACGCCUAAGUACCACCAGUACCCCAUCAAGUCGACACUCCUUACAGACUCUUACCAGGGCUUCAAGGAUGGCUAA